UCUUUCUCAAUCAACUCUCUCUCUCUCAUGAACCAGUUCUCUCUCAACCGGUUCUCUCUCUACACUGGCUCUAUCCUAUCUCUCUCACUUCAAUAUCCCACUUCCUCACCAUCUAUUGCUUACGUCAAUUUCACAGUUCUUUCCUCUCUCUCUAGCCCUCUCUCUUUCUCCCUCUCUGUUUCUCAGUAUCAAAAAAAUGUCAGAUGAAACGGUGAAAUUCAGCGUUCUUUGUAGUAUGUUUCAGGCCCUUGCGAGGAACAAAUCUUCUGUUAUGAAGCGAAAGCAUUUCCGCACUUUCUUGGAUCAUGUUUACAAAUCGAAAGAGUAUUUCAGUGCAAUUCGCCUCAUUCUCCCCUCUCUAGACAGAGAGAGAGGAACAUAUGGUUUGAAGGAAUCUGUUCUCGCUACUUGUCUCAUCGAUGCCCUAGGGAUUUCUCGAGAAUCGGAGGAUGCACUACGCCUCAUCAAUUGGCGAAAGGGUGGGGCAAAAACUGGGCCAAAUGCUGGGAAUUUUGCCUUAGUUGCUGCUGAGGUUUUACAACGCAGGCAAGGAAUGACCUCUGGAGGAUUAACAAUUAAAGAGGUGAACGAUUUGCUUGAUCGUUUGGCAGCAGCUGAAAAUAGGGAGCAAAAGACAUCCGUUCUUUCUGAGCUUAUUAAGAAAACGAAUUCUGUUGAAAUGAAGUGGAUUGUCAUGAUUAUACUUAAAGAUCUAAAACUUGGAAUUAGUGAAAAGAGCAUCUUUCGUGAAUUUCAUACUGAUGCUGAAGACUUGUUCAAUGUGACUUGUGACCUAAAAUUAGUAUGCGAAAAACUGAAAGAUCGAACUCAACGAAACAAGAGACAGGACAUAGAAGCUGGGAAAGCUGUGCGCCCUCAAUUAGCUAUGAGAGUUGCUGAUGCUAGUAGUGCAUGGAAAAAGCUUCAUGGAAAACAAGUCGUUAUUGAGUGCAAGUUUGAUGGAGAUCGUAUUCAAAUUCAUAAGAAUGGAAAUGAAUUAUGCUUCUUUUCGAGGAAUUUCAUUGACCACCCGGAGUACGGACAUGCCAUGUCGAGCUUAAUACUGCAAAAUGUUCUGGUGGAACGGUGCAUCCUUGAUGGGGAAAUGUUGGUCUGGGAUACAUCUACCAACCGUUUUGCAGAAUUUGGCUCGAAUCAGGAAAUAGCAAAGGCCUCUAACGACGGUAUCGAGGGUGAUCGGCAGUUAUGUUAUGUUGCAUUUGAUAUUCUUUAUGUUGGAGAUACUAGUGUUAUCCAUCAAAGCCUCAGAGAACGACAUGAACUUCUUCGAAAAGUUGUACAACCUGUAAAGGGUCGGUUAGAAAUUUUAGUGCCUGAUGGUGGCCUUAAUGUUCGUCGUCCCUCUGAUGAACCGUGCUGGUCUCUCAUAGCUUACAGUGUGGAAGAUGUCGAAAAGUUUUUUAAAGAGACCAUUGAGAACAGGGAUGAAGGGAUAGUGUUAAAAGAUCUAGAUUCGAAAUGGGAACCUGGUGAUCGUAGUGGAAAAUGGUUAAAACUGAAGCCUGACUAUGUCCAUACUGGUUCUGAUCUUGAUGUGCUAAUUAUAGGGGGCUAUUUUGGGUCAGGGCAUCGUGGUGGAGAGGUAGCACAAUUUUUGGUUGGUCUUGCAGAUCGUGCAAACCCUGGUACCUAUCCCACAAGGUUUCUCUCAUUUUGUCGUGUUGGUACGGGUCUUUCGGAAGAUGAGCUUGAUGUUCUAGUGAAUAAAUUGAAGCCUUAUUUUAGGAAAAAUGAGAACCCAAAGAAGGCGCCGAACUUUUAUGAGGUGACAAAUCAUUCCAAGGAAAGACCAGAUGUUUGGAUUGGCAACCCUGAAAAGUCAAUUAUACUUUCAAUCACUAGUGAUAUAAGAACCAUAAAGACAGAGGUCUUUGCUUCACCUUAUGCUUUGAGAUUCCCACGUAUUCAUCGGGUUCGAUAUGAUAAACCAUGGCACGAAUGCCUUGAUGUACAAUCAUUCGUUGACUUGGUACAUUCCAAAGAUGGCACCAUGCAAAGAGAUAUGGAGCCCGGGGGCUUGAAUAAUAAAGGACCAAAACGUAAAAGGCCAUUGAGAAAAGGACCCAAUAAGAUGACCACAGUCGUGCCUUCUCAUUUCAUUCAAACAGACAUCUCCAGAGUCAAGGAAGAGAGUUUACUGUUUACAAACAUGAUGUUCUACUUUGUAAAUGUUCCUCCCACGUAUUCUGUGGAUUUCUUUCAUAAAAUGGUUGUUGAGAAUGGGGGCAGUUUCUCAAUGAAUCUGAAUGAUUCUGUAACUCACUGCAUAGCAGCUGAGAGGAAAGGGAUCAAAUACCAAGCUGCAGUGCUUCGUGGAGAUGUCCUACACUACUCAUGGGUUUUGGAUUGUUACUCACAAAAGCAGCUCUUGCAUUUGCAACCAAAGUAUUACCUGUUUCUUUCAGACUCUUCUAAGAAGAAAUUAAAAGAAGAGAUCGAUGCCUUUUCAGAUUACUAUUACUGGGAUCUGGAUGUUACCGACCUUAGGGAGCUCUUCAAUAAGAUGGACAAAGUGGAUGACUCAAAAGAAUUUGCUUUCUAUAAGAAGAAAUGCUGCCCAAGUGAAAAAUGGUGCCAAUUCCAGGAUUGCUGCAUCAUCGACUUAAAACACGUUGUUUCUUCAACUAAUACUGGUGUUUUGAACGUAAGGAAUUCAGAUUCCCAAAUUAUCACGGAUAUUACUUCAAGGAGGAUGAAGCUUGAAGUUUUGAUGUAUGGUGGACAAGUAACUAAUAACCUGUCCUCUGCUACUCAUUUGGUGAUUGUUUCAACAACAGACUUUCAUGUGGACUGCUGUGCGCUGCUCGAGAGUUUUCCAGAUUCAGAGAGACGUUUCCUGAGGAAUAAAAGAUUGCAUAUUCUAAGGCACAAAUGGAUAGAAGACUGCUUGGAAGAGGGUCAGAAACUGCAAGAGGAUGCAUAUAAUUUGAGGCCAGAAAGUGUGGAAUGGAUGUUAGAACCAGAAGGAUCUGAUUUUGGUGUGUCGGAGAAUUUGGAUACAAGCCAAAACCAAACUUGCAGAAUAAAAAGCAGACAGAAACCAACAAUUCGUGAGACUGUAAAAAGAAAAAGAAGGGGUGGAAUCCCAGCACGAAGUACUCGUGCUAGGCGUGGCCGAGCUGUUAGAAUCAGUGGAAAUGAAUCCGAGAACAGUGAUUCUCAUGAUGAAUUAAGCUUUAGGGAACAAAAAGAAGAACAACAUCAGUCUGUCAAUGCUGUACAUGGUGACAACAUGGAGGAGGGGAUGGUAGAAGCAGAAGGAUCUGAUUUUGAUGUAUCGGGAAAUUUGGAUGCAAGCAAAGGCCGAACAGUUACUGCUUCAACUCACGGGAAAGCAAAUGGACAGAAACCAACAGCUCAUGCGACUAUAAAAAGAAAAAUAGCAGGUGGAAUUCAAGCACGAAGUACUCACUCUAGACGUGGUCGAGCAGUUAGAAUCAGUGGAAAUGAAUCUGAGAAAAGUGAUUCUCAUGAUGCAUUGUGCCUUAGGGAGCAAAAAGAAGAAAGAUGUCAGUCUGAAAAUGUUACACAUGGUGACUACAUAAAGGAGGAAUAUACUAUCAAAGAUGGCAAGAGCCCUGAUAGAGAGCAUGUAAAGCCUUAUAACGCUGCAUGUGGUGUAAACGUAGAGAGAGAAGCACGUAACCAGGAAGGUGAAAAAGCAGAAGAAAAAGUAGAAAGGAAGGCCACGCAAGUAGAAACAAAUCCAGGUAGUAUGAAAGAUCCAGUUGAGGCUAUGCUGUUUGAUAUGAUACCUAGCCUUGGCUUCAAGAUUGAUGAAACAGAGAAUGCCUCGUCAAUGGCUGGGCCCGAUAAUGAAGCGAUGGCUUGGAUGGACCCAACCCUAUUAAAAAAGAAGAGAGUGAGUUAUAAGGAUGUAGCUAAUGAGCUGCUAAAUGACUAAUUUUUGUGCAGUUGAUAAUUCGCAGGCCUGUUUGCUUUAGGGUUGCUUGUAAUACAACUUUAUGCUUGUUAGCUAGGUGUUUUCUCUCUUUGUAGUCUCGGUAAAUUAAGUGUCAAAUUUUUUGUUGGUUUUGCUUGGGCCCUGUACCUGUAUGUGAGUGAAAGCUAGUGUCAAUCUGGUAGCAUUAUUGUUUCUAUUCUGGUGUCUUUUGUAAUCUGAUCAUUUUUUGUUGGUUUUGCUUGGGCCAUGUACCUGUAUGUGAGUGAAAGCUAGGGUCAAUCUUGUAGCAUUAUUGUUUCUUUUCUGGUGUCUUUCGUAAUC